GCGCGGAGCGGGGACAGGGGACGCGGGGAGCGGCGGGUCCGCGGCGGCGGAGGGCGGGAGGCAGGAGUCAGGAGGCAGAGGAGGAGGAGCAGGAGGAGGCGCGGGAUAAAGGAGCGCUCGCUGCUCCCGCUCGCUCUCCAGCGGGGCUGAGAGAGGCAUCAUGGCCGCGAAGUCGGACGGGCGGCGGAAGAUGAAGAAGGGCGGCGAGGUGGCGUUCACGCCGCUGCAGAACUCCGAGCACUCGGGCUCCGUGCAGGCGCUGGCCCCGGGGCUGCCCGCCGGCUCCGGGCCGGGCGGCGGCAGCGACGACGAUGAGGCGCCCGGGGGCGGGUGCUGCAGCGGCGGCGGCGGCGGGGACGGCUCGGGCGGCGGCUCCCGGUGCUGCUGCUGCUGCUGCAGCGGCGGCAGAGGAGGAGACGGCGGAGGGGGCGGUGGCGGGGGCUCCCGGGGCUCGGGCGGGGGCUCGUCCUCCUUGUGCCUGCGGCUGGGCAGGGAGCAGCGGCGCUACUCGCUGUGGGACUGCCUCUGGAUCCUGGCCGCCCUGGCCGUGUACUUCGCGGACGUGGGCACCGACAUCUGGCUGGCGGUCGACUACUACCUGCGGGGCCAGCGCUGGUGGUUCGGGCUCACGCUGUUCUUCGUGCUGCUGGGCUCCCUGUCCGUGCAGGUCUUCAGCUUCCGCUGGUUCGCGCACGACUUCAGCACCGAGGACAGCGCCGCCGCCGCCGCCGGGCACUGCCCCGCCGCCGAGAGCAAGCUGCUGGUGAGCAGCGGCUCCGCAGCCGCGGACAUCGACGCCGCUCGCCCCAGCACGCCGCAGAGACAGGCGUCCACCGCCAGCAAGGGCAACGCCACCAACAGCAGCAGCAACAGCAGCAGCCACGCCGCCGGCAGCGGCGCCGCCGGUCCCCGCGCUGGCGGCGGCCGCUCCGCGUCCUGCGCCUUCUGCAUCUGGCUCCUGCAGUCGCUCGUCCACAUCCUGCAGCUGGGGCAGGUCUGGAGGUAUUUUCAUACGAUGUACUUGGGUAUCCGGAGUCGACAAAGUGGAGAGAAUGACAGAUGGAGGUUUUAUUGGAAAAUGGUGUAUGAGUAUGCAGAUGUGAGUAUGCUGCAUUUGCUAGCCACCUUUCUGGAAAGUGCACCACAGCUGGUCCUGCAACUCUGUAUUGUUGUUCAGACUCGUACACUCCAGGCUCUCCAAGGUCUUACUGCUGCAGCAUCCCUUGUAUCCCUGGCUUGGGCUUUGGCUUCCUACCAAAAGGCCCUCCGUGACUCCCGAGAUGACAAGAAACCCAUCAGUUAUAUGGCUGUUAUAAUCCAGUUUUGCUGGCACUUCUUCACGAUUGCAGCAAGGGUCAUUACUUUUGCUCUGUUUGCCUCGGUUUUCCAGCUGUACUUUGGGAUCUUCAUCGUGCUGCACUGGUGCAUCAUGACCUUCUGGAUCGUUCACUGCGAGACAGAGUUUUGCAUCACUAAAUGGGAGGAGAUAGUUUUCGACAUGGUUGUUGGGAUAAUCUAUAUCUUCAGCUGGUUCAACGUCAAGGAAGGGAGGACACGCUGUAGGCUUUUCAUUUACUAUUUUGUCAUCCUUUUAGAAAACACCGCCUUGAGUGUUCUCUGGUAUCUGUACAAGGCCCCUCCAAUCUCCGAUGCAUUUGCCAUACCAGCACUGUGUGUAGUGUUCAGCAGCUUUUUAACAGGCAUUGUUUUUAUGCUAAUGUACUAUGCCUUCUUUCACCCCAACGGACCAAGGUUUGGGCAGUCACCAAGCUGUGCUUGUGAGGACCCUGCCGCUGCCUUCACCCUUCCCCCAGAAGUGGCCACGAGCACGCUGCGCUCCAUCUCCAACAACCGGAGCGUCACGAGCGAGCGGGAUCAAAAAUUUGCGGAGAGGGACGGGUGUGUGCCGGUGUUUCAGGUGAGACCCACUGCACCAUCCACACCUUCCUCCCGGCCACCAAGGAUUGAGGAGUCUGUCAUUAAAAUCGAUCUGUUCAGGAACAGGUACCCAGCAUGGGAGAGACAUGUGUUGGACAGGAGCCUAAGGAAGGCGAUCUUAGCGUUUGAAUGUUCCCCUGCUCCUCCGCGGCUACAGUAUAAAGAUGAUGCCCUUAUUCAGGAGCGCUUGGAAUAUGAAACCACGUUGUAAACAAAGCAAAAACACAGCUUGGAGCAGCUCCAACGUUACAGUCCAAAUUAAGGGUUGACAGUAGGGCUGUAGGAACAACCAAACUGUGUACUACAAGUAGAGCAGCAAGCUAUAGCAUUCUUAGUCUGGCUAUCAUCAUGAUUAUCAUUUGAUCCACUGUGUGCAGUCUGUCUGCAGGACACUGAUACAGCAGCAUCGUCUGAAAGCCUCAAAAAAACCCAAACCCUGACCCACACAUACAGAUCAGUCACAUCAGCAGGGGGAACUCACCCACCACCCCUCACUGCUAUGAAACUCUGACUGCACAGUACUUACAAUCAAAUCAAUAUAAAGGCUCUGACCAGAGCUUUCAGCUUCAGCCAGUAGUGCAUUUUAUUUUAGAAAUGAAUUAUUGAUAUUUCCAUAAUCAAUGGCAAAAAAAAACCAAACCACACUUUUUCAAAAAUACUGUAGCACACAGUGUUGCUGUUAGGAAAACUGUUUUCUGGGGCAAAAAACAGGAGCUUAGUAGUCUUCAACACUCCCAUAAAUCAACCAUUCAGGUUAGAAUAGGUUUGCAAAAUAGUUCUUAAUUAAAAAGAAACAUCAUCAUGUUUAUAAGGCUGUCAAUGGAAAAUAAACGAAAUUCUGAUUAACUAGGUCAUUAAAAUUAACACUACCAGAACUGUUUGUUUUCUGUGGAAUUUCAAAGUCUUUUUUAAAUGUAAUUUAACUUCUCAAUAUUAUUUUCAACAGAAACUCUAUGCAGCUCACUUCUGGUUUUGAGGAGAAAUAAGGAGCUCUAGCACGUAGUGAUAUUCAUUAAAUGAUAAUCAUGAUUCAGUGUACAAUUUGCAAAAAAAAAAAAAGGUAAAAGAACAAGGAAGUAUAGUUUUCAUAUUCUAAACUUUUUGGAGGACCCCUUUCAGAUAUUUCAGAAGAAACCACAAGGAGCUGAACACACUGAAACUUCUCUGUUCCAGGACUGAGAACACAUGAUUCAGUGUGUGAAUGUAUGCAGGUGUGACAAGAGACUGACAUGCCAUACCCUUCUAGUGCCAAACAUUGUAUAACUGCAAGGUUGAUAUUGCCUGAGGGACACAACAAGUGGCACAAGCCCUACCAGAAAAAGAAGCAGGAAAGACCAAGCAAGCUCUCAAUGUGUAGAGACAGCUCUGAUUUUUCCCCCUGAAGGUGAAAGUGAUGUCUUUUAAAGGCUUUCAUCCACCUCUUAGUAAGUAUAUUCACAGAAGUAUAAUAUAAACAAGUUAUGUGGAAGAGCCUCUUCUACCUGUUCAAGACUGGUGUCCAGACGUGUCUAAAAAUUAGAAUCUCUUGUAACAGAGUACUUUUGAUGCAAGUUUUUGGGUUUUAAAUACCUCCCUAAAUCUAGUUAAAGAUAUUAUACUCUAUGUUAAAAGUAUCCCCUGAUGGUGCUUUCAGAUGCAUUAAAGGUGCAAGUCAAAAUUUGAUAGUAUUUUUUUUAAAGCUGGUGCAGAAUUAAAAACUCAUGGAUUAUUUUAAUAUUUUUGUAAAGUAAAAAUAUGGUAUAAAAGGUUACUUUUUAUAAACCUCAAAUCUUUUAAUACAUUUCAUUCUCUUUAUAGCUUAGAUUUUAAGAAUUGGUCCAUGAAUUUUAUCAAAUGGCUUUUGCAGGUUGACAUAAACCUGCUUUUCACACAUUAUGGAUUUGUUUUGCAGUGUAAUGCCAUAUGAAAGCCUACAUGGGUACUUUUAGAAUACUCUAUAAACUGUGGAUCCUGCUUCAAAUGUAAGUGGCUUGUAAAGACGCCAAGUGAUUCCAUGAGAAACAAUUUGCUAUAACUAUUUCCAUCCAUUUUAGGAGAGCAAAGCAGAACUGAAGCGUUACUGUUGUAAAUGGCAUUGUCAGGAUGGAGAAGACCUGAUACUUGGACUGUCAGAUAUAUCCAGUGUAGUCACUGCUGUGUAUGCUGCUGGGUAAAUUUCUGUCUUUCCUAUUACAAAUAUUUGUACUGUGAAAUGGCCAAGGUUACACAGACUAUGUUUGUUUGUAUGUGUUCAAUUAGCCAUUUUUAAUGUUGACUUUUUUUAUUAGCGAAAUAUUCAAUACCUGUUGUUCUUUGCUGGGGCAAGUUCCUCUAAACAAAAACUUGUGGAAGUGCAGGAAUCUGCAAAGCAGAGGGAACUUUACACAGAUGAGAAAAAAAACUAUGCUUCAGGGGUUUCUUAGGUAUUUUCAAAUUAAGCAAUUGCCAACUGCCUCUAUAAAAAUUUUUUAAAGAAAUCAAAUCUUUGAUAGUCCAAACCUGAAGCUUUUUACAAAGUGAUUACCCUUUUCCUCAUGGAGAUACAGCUGAUUAUUCAGAGAAAAGCACUCAUGUUUUUUCAGAAAAUAUACCCUGCAAAAAAUGCUAAAAAAAUAUUUUGGAAGGAAGUCCUUUGUCCUGUUGCAUUCAAUAGACCCUUCACUCCAGAACCAAAUUCCAGUUCACGCAAGAAAAUUGCUGUUUUUCUUUACAACGAAGGCAAAUGUAAGCUCUGUGACCCAAGAUGUGAGGGUUUCUUUUGGAGACAGUUUGAAGUGUUUGGUGCUGCUUUAUCAGCUUGAGUGAGGCACAGUGGGCAGCCUUCUCCCACCAGCAGCUCCUGGGGACAGAGGCAGCAUCACUGCUGUCAGCGAAGCUCUGCCUCUUCUCAAGUCCCUCUCAUCCUCUCGCUCUUCCUCAGAGCUCUGAGCCCUUUGGCCAGGCUUACAGAAUUGAAGAGAAGUUGCUUUGUAUGGAAUUUAAAGGGUUAAGGUCUUCACCAGUGCUUGCAUUGCAAGGUUUCUGAAGAAGGUUUGGGAUGAGUUUGUUUGAUUUGCUUUUAUUUGGUUUUGGAAGGAAGGACACAGAGAUGUGAUUUAUCCAUGUGGUUUUUCAUGCCUAGCAUUUAUUUUCUUUACUCUCAUAACAUUUUUAAUUUUUUUAACUAAUGUUUGCAAAAAAGUUUAUUUAAAGGAAACUACUGCAGGGUGUGAGUGCAGAGUGACAUAUAUAUGUGUGUUUGUGUACAUAUAUUUAUAUAUAUGCAGCACUACAUAUACACACCUUGUCCUCAGAAUUCAGUCUGGUGGUUUGAAGCAGAGGUAGAAGUCCUUAUGCACUAAGUCAAAAUUUGCUCUUCAAAAUCUUGCUCUCUUACAAUCACAACACCAGUGUCACCCGCACUGAGAACAGGGCAGUGACUUAAAUAUUAACACUGAUGACUGCAUGGACAGUUUCCUAAUUUGCAUUGCUGUGAGUCAUCAUAUUAAAAGCCGUAAGAAUUUUUUAUAGAAAUUGCCAAGAAUAAACAUAGUCCAUGCUGAAAUUCCAUUAUGGCCUUAUGGACAGUUAAUAAUCAAUAUGCACUCUUCUUUUUGCCACAGACAGUUUUAAAAUCAAUAAAGUUCAACUGAGACAGCAAUAGCAAAAAUAAAAUUUAAAAAAAAGGACUUGUAAAAAACCUGAACUUUUGCUUUUCAAAUAAUGAAAACAUCAAGCAUUUUAAAUUUCACAGCAGAAUACAGGAAUAUAAAAAAGUUCACAUUUUCAUAUUUACAUUCUGGCAAAGAAAAGCAAUCACAUCUAUUUGUUAGCAGUAAGACUUACGGGAGCAUUGUUCUAAUUAACCAAACAAACUUAGCAGUAGACUUAAUUGUAAUUUAUCUGGUUAAAAACUUGGUCCUAAAAUUUGGAGAGUUGUGGAUUUGUCUGUUGCAGAAAAGACAAUUCAGCUACUAUCACUAAUUAAGUAAAGGUAAUGUAUACCCAUGUUCAUUCAGAAAACGUGUAAGAAAAUGUAAGAGAAAACUUUUUACUUAUUUUAAAAGCUGUUUAUUCUGUAAUGGGAUAAUUUUUCUUUAAAAAUUUCUUUACAAAUAUGUGCAAUACUUUCUUUCCAUGCAUAUUUAAUAAUGAAAUUACUAGUAUCCAAUUUUGUUUAUGUCAAUUUAAAUAUGCUUCCUGUGACAGAGCAAUGUUUCUUUUCUUGGGUUAUUAUGGACUUGAUGGCAUAUAUACAAUGUUUUCAUUGUCAAACCAACAACUUUUCUAUUAAUUAAUUUUCAUAAAAUUGGAGAAAAUUUUCCUUCCAAAAUUUAAUUCUAGGUCUCAUCUGCCUGAUUUUGUAAACUUUUAAGCAGAGGAGGAAAAUUACAAUUUUAUUGGCAAUUUAAUUUUUAAUAUGUGGUGAAUAGCUAUUAAACCUGUAUUAAUUUAAACCAUAUGAUGGUCUUUCCAAUACAUCAUUAUCUCCCCAGAAGAGCAAUUCAUAAAAGUAGAAGUGCUUCUUUACUUGGAAAGGGACUCCCAAUCAUGCAAUAUGUUCAUUUACUUUUUAUUGGCCAGCAAAAUAUUCAUAACUAGACUGUUGGGGUUUUUAGAACACAAAUUAAAUGAGUUUGAAGUGUUUAUGAUUUUAUCAUAUCAUUCCUAAAGAGCCUUAAAAGUGGCACUGUACUGAGUUUUAGUUGGCUCUGCCAGUGAAUCAUCUUCCAAAGUCCCUGCCCUUUCUCUGAUCCCUGCCUGAAGUUGUGCAAUCCAGAGUGGCUGAGAUUUAUUCUGUGAUUUACUCUGCACCCCCUGCACUGCCCGCACAAUGCCAAGGAAAAGACUUCAGCAGAUUCCUGGGGUCCUACUGCUGCCUCUCUUACUCCUGUGCAUGGUGGGAAGCAGAGUCAAUUGCAUCUGUGCAUCCAUCUAAACAAGCCUGUGUAAGUUAAACCCCUACAAGAUGUGUGUGAUGCUAUUAAUGGCAAUCCUUGUCCAUAAAUCUACAAGCCCAACACCACAAUUACUAAUUCUGCAGUGUAACAAUGCAGGACAUGGGAAGAAUUGUCUAAAUACACAAUAAGCCAUUGAAUUUCACUACUUGUAGCAAUUAUACUAGCUCACAUAGAGCCCAUGCUCUCAGCAGAAAGCCAAAUGGAGUAAGGGGCAAACAGCCAUUUGUAUACCAGAGACAUUAAACUAUAAAAUCCUCACUUGAUUGUUUAUAGGACUAUGUCUUUUCAUUAUGGUAUGGAAUCCAUUCCUCUUUAUUCUGAUAAAAGAGAUAAAAUGCAAAAUGAGAACAGAUUCUUUUAAAUCUAGGAAUAAAAAAAGGCACAACAGAUUACUGCAUUUCCCCUGUAGUGAUUUUUUAAAACAAACUCUGCCAUCAUUUUCACUUGGAUGCAGAUUGCUGAGUGAUCUGCUUCUGAGAUGAUUUCUCACAUCUGGCACGAGCAGACUUCAUUACAGGAGAGACAGAGAUGACAAUACAAGGCCUUGUUCAUGCAAAGUUAGGGGAAUGGUGUCACUGAUGAAGAGAUGAUUUGCAAGGCUGUUUUAACACAUGAGGGGUCCCCUACCAUUUAUUUUACCUCAGUGACCACAGUUCAGGACUUUGGUGAGGUUUUUUCACUGGUAUGAAUAUGUUAAAGUCAGACCCUGGCCUAGAGUGAACUACAUGAAUUCAGACCAUGGUAGUGGAAGUCUUCACCUCUUCACUCCAAACUGAGCUCAGCUGGAGGUUUGCUGAAUGCCAAAAAGCCUGCAUGGCACUUGGCUCAGCCUGAAAUACACGCACUAAACUUAGUGCUGACUCAGCAUGAAUCAAAGAUUUCUUAUUCUUUCCGUUUUAGUUCAAACAUUCCAGAUUAUACCCACUUUGACUGAGUUGCUGUUUUGUGAUCCUCUUAAGAAGACUUUGAAAAAUGUCUCUGAAACCAAUCAUUUCCAGUGAUUCUUACAAAAGCCAAUUCCUGACCAGUACAUUCAUUCAAAGGAUUUUUUUCGAACUGUGUAAGCUUGGCUCCUGUAUUUAAUUUUGUUCUAAAUGCUUAGCAUUUCAUUCUUACGCAUAAGAUCUUAUACACCCAUUAGUAAACUGUGUGCCUACUGUGAAUCCUGGGGCAAAGGCAACAGAUAUGCAAGAUUCAGGGCAAAAAGUCCUCUUCAGCACACUUAUAGGGUGAUUUGCAUGAGCCAGAGAAGUCAAACAGAAGCUUGUGUAUAAUUGCAACAGACUUAUACAUGUAGUUGCUAUAUUCAUUGAGAGAGAUUUACAAUAAAUUGUGAUAUAAGUGACCAGCUAAUAGAAAGAUCAAAUCUCAACUUCUACGUGCAAGGCAGGGUAAAAUAAAAUCAGCCAAGAAACUUUAAAGUGUAACCAAAAAUCUCAUUUCAAGGAAUGGUUGGAAUAAUUUUUAAAAUGUAACAGAUUUGUCAAUGUAACAAAAUGCAACAUUCAUAGAAAGAAAGAUAUGACUGCUGCAAGUUUUCUCUGUCUGUAGGUUUCAGCCUCUUGUUUCAGAUAACUUUGGAAACAAUUGCUUCUGGCAUGCUGCAGCUCUAGGAAUGCUAGCAACUCUUCUACACAAGAUCCCUUUGCUAUAGGAGAGUGCACAUCCUUUUAACAAAGCAUUGAGCUUGGGGUAGUUUUUUUUCCACUGAACUAAACCUCACAGAAGCAUUUUUAGCAUAAAAUAGGUGUGUCCAUUCAGCCACCUCGUGUGUAACAUUACUGCAAAACAGAAUUUCACAGAUAAGUGAUUUCCUCAAGGUAAAAAAAGCUGCUAGUUGAAUGAUCAGAAGAGCCUGCAGAGACAUAACACAGUGCUAAGGCAAGGCAUAGGCUGUGUCUGUGUGCUACAAGCCUCCUCAGGGCAAAGCCUGGCCAUAGUCCAGCACUCUCUUCCCCACCCCAUGCGCCAAAGAGCUCAUAGGAGAGAGGAAAACCUUGUGCAUGGGCUGGAUGAAAGCCACAACACUUGGGGACCAGACAGCCGGCCCAUGGCAGCGCAGGUGCAGAGGUGGGCGCAGGCACGUCGGGGGUCUCAGGCUCGUACUGCUCCUCCAAACUGCACUAACUGGGAGCUCCUGAACAUCUUAAUGCCAGAUGUUCAAGGAGCUCAGAUUUGCCUCCUGGACUUGGUCAGAUACAACUUGGCCUUCACAGCACAAGGUUAGCUCAGCUGCUAUCUCCCACCUAAGGCUGCCAGGAUCCUAUGAGCAGAUGCUCUCCUGCCCAUUUUACCUGAAAGAAUUGGGUCCUCUGUGGUGCUAUCAGAUAGAGCUUUGCACUGAAAUACUCUUGAGGGCUUUUCCAGCAGUAAAUGGUGGUAAGCAGAGGCCAAGGGGAGAGCCAGGUACAGUGAUCUCUUCAGCUAGCAAUGAUUCAUAUCUUUAGCUGCUGUCUCUCAGGGGAGGGAUAUAGGGCUGCACGCUGAUGAGGAGAAGGGCAGUGCUCUCUGCCUCAUAUUUUGAACAGUUCUUCCUCUUUGUGGAAAAUGUAAAUGUGGACAUAUAAAUGAAGACGUGUGCAGUGUAGACAUACUUCUAGUAUUUUGACAUGUUCAAUCCCUUUAGUGUUGAGGACUCUGAAAUUGCUGAGCACAUUCAGUGCCAUGGCCUACACCCAGCCAGGGUAAUGUCUGCAGUAAACAUCUGAGGCAGAAGCAAAAAUCACUUUGCUCACCUUCCAACCUGACCAAAAGCUAUAUGAACAUGGUUAGCACUGUGACAAAGCCUGAAUCUCUACAUGCUGCCUUGAAUCAGGUCUAUUAAUGCACUGUGUGCUGUUCUGGCCGCGUUCACGUGGUUUUUCCUUGGAGCUCAGCCAGACUUUGUAUGGACACCAGAGCUACACUUGUAGCUUAUCUGUAGCUCCCUGAGCCCAAGAUUCAUACAUGUGAUCCCAGCUACUUUGCCGAACAAGGAUCAGUUUGGGCUGAGCAAAAGGCAAACAGGCUCUGUGCCAUCUAGCAAAGCAUGUGGAGCAGACAUGGUUUCUCUGGAUAUUUGGACCACUGUUGUGUGAAGAUUGCCCAGGUUGUGGUGAAAUGCAACAUAUUCAGUGUCCACAGCACACUAUAAUGAAUACUCUGUGUGGAAGUGUUCAGUUUUAUCAUAGUAAAAAUAGUAGGACCUUAUCUCAUGCUUGGGAGCAAAUUUACAGUUUCAAAUGCAUUAUUUAUAUAUAUAUAUAACAUGUGUGUAUAUAUACAUGUGUGUGUGUGUGUGUGUGUGUGUAUUUGUGUAUACACACAACAGUGAGUCCUGAGAUUCUAUUAGGAUUCAAUCUUACAAUUCAUUCAAAUCUUAAGCCUAAAACAAAAAAGAAUCAACAGCAUUGUCAUCAAGGAUAACCAAGUGGUAACUGCAAAAUAAAAAAUUAUAUUAUUGGAAAAUACAUUCCAGUCAUUAUUGGAAACAGCCUUGUGAUUUAAUGUGCCAGCACAUUAAGAAAAAGUUAUGGAGAAUAUAUGUCUAACACUAUAUUUCAUUUCUUAAAUAUUUUGGUAAAAGUAUAGAGCAGAGAUAAUUGUGUGAAAUAAAAAAAGAAUUUAUCACAUUUACUUAAGGAAAAAAACAAUCAUAUAAAAAUGGCAAAGGGAUCAAUUAAACUUUUGUUUCAUGUAAUGUAAUGUUGGUUGUAUCUGCUGCACUAUCAGUUAUCAUUGUCAUAGCUUAUGAAGGAAACAACCUGCAAUAAUUAGGAUGGUUUACUUGCAUUUUGACUGAAGAAUGCUAAUUGGGCUUGUUAUCCAACACAUAUGCAGUUUCCUGAUGCAAGCUGUUGGAACGAAAGAUUUGCUCUUGCACAGAUUAUGUAUUGAAGAUAAAUUUCAAAUGCAUGUAUUUGAAAAUGAUACUCAAUUUAAAUGUAUCAUACAUAUGCAGUAACUAUUUCUGAAAUUCUAACCACUGAUGGUUUUUUCAAUAUGUUCUACAUUAUUAUGUGUCAAUCCCAGACUGUUUCCCAGAAAAUAUUUGAUGAAAAUUAGUUUUAAAUUUUAUGAAGCUGUGGAAGAGACUAUCAGCCAGUGAAGGCAGAUGCUUCUCUGAAGUUCAGAUAUAUAUGAACUCUAGACAUAUGUUUAGAGUUCCUGACCUGUGUCACAAUUCAGCAUUAAGGACAAUGUUUGAAAAAACUAGUACAUUUCCAAGGAGAUCUGUUAUAUGGUCAGAGAGAUCUAAAAUUGUCAUGACUGGGUAAGAUAAUGACCGUAACUGCAGAGGAAGAGUUCAAAAGUAGUCAGUAAUGACUUUCAACAUCAUUCCCUGAAUUUCCACUUUGGGACACACCUCGUCCUCCUGUCAGCCAACAUCCAUGUGUGCUGGGAUCACUCCUGGCACCUGCACUGUGGUGUUCACUCUGGCUCAAAGUGAAGACAAAGCAGGCAGCUUGUUUCCAGCUCCAGUUCUCGCUGGGUUAUUGGGCUGGCCCAUGGGAUAUAUUUCACUGAGAACACCUAAGCUGUCAGUGAGACAACCACACCAAUCUGGACAGGAUUUAGCCUUUAGAUAGCACUAUAUGGACAAUGAAAAAUCUUCCUUUGUCAGCAGAGAGGGCAGCUGCCACUAUUUAUAGUCACAAAGUGCCAACAUAUUGUCAUGUAUUUGUGGUUGCUAUCGAUUCCCUAUUUUUUAUUUUAUUGGAACUGCUUAGAACUUGUCGAGCUCUGCCUGGGUUGAUUUGCAGCUAAUUAAUUCAGCAGACAUUUUAAAUCUUGCAAAUGUGUGGCUUGUAAUACAGUAAUCAAGGUUCUGUGAGCAAACAUUAAUCAGUUCAGGAGGAAAAAAAAAAAGCCAUUGUUAGCUGUGUUCAGUGAGGUCCCCACACUGGAGAGAUGUAGAAGAAAUGCAACAUUAGUGAAUUCAUCCUAGCUAAGCUUUCAUCUUGUGAAAUAUUUAUCUAUUUGAUUUGUUUCAUAUAUGCAAGGAGUUGUAUUUUAAAGAGGAUUGCUAGGGUUGAGACAGCUUUAGUUACCGUCAGUGUGAAAAUGGCCACAUUUCCUUCUGGUCAUUUAUUCAUCUUAUCAGCCAAAAAGUCAUUCUAUCCAGCAGCAGUACAAUUUCAUUUUUGGGAUGACUUUACUGAUUUUGCAACAGUUUAUCCUGGAGAAAUUACUGUAACAAAAAACAUACAGCAUUUAGCAACAGCUGUAAGAACUAGGUGAAUGAAUGAAGAAAAUAUUGGUUUUCACUGCUUUUAACACACAGUUGGAUUUUAGCUACUUUGCCAUGAAGCAGAAGUUUAAAAAAAUAAGCAAUGCUACUUACAGAGGUAUCUCAAUAAUGGAAGGCUUGUGAUUAGCAAAGCAUUUAAUUUUUUUCAUCAUCAGAAAUACUGUAGCUUAGUCCAUUUGCAGUUUUGUAAAAAUCAGCAAGAAUGAGUGGGUGGUUUAAUAUUUAACUUAACUCUGGUACUUGUAGGAACACAAUUAUGGCAACAUGGGACUCAGCAAGGGCUCUGGCUUGGGACCCUCCUGAUACAGAAUUUUCAGGUGGGAUGAUGUCACAGCCCCCUCCAGUCAGACUACAGAGGGUGUGCCCUGUGCAGAAGGGCAUGUGAAUGAUCUGUACACACAUUUCACUGCAGAAGCCUCUUCUUUAGUGAUCUUAGCAAGGAGGCCAGAGAUCAAAAAGACAUGAAAGCAAAAGGAUGAUUCCUCUGGUCAAGAUUAAGAGAUAUUUGUGAAACACUGUGGAAAAUCUGCCCCUGGUGUUUCAGUGGAUAAAAGGAGGAGCAGAGUCUUUUAACAGCCAAAAAAAAGCUACCCAAAACUCAAACCAACAAACCUUGAUGCCAAAAUACUACUUAUGGUGCAAUUACUCUCUCCUUGGGGAAAGACAUUGACUGAGAAAAUUCUUUGUGUUACAAACUAACUGAAACACACAGGGAGACAGUGAAAGAUAUUUCUUAGAUAUAACUUCAUUGCUCUUUAUUGUUUAUUAGCAAUAAGAUACAAAAGUAUCUCAAACUAAGGCCUCGAAGACAAGGAUUUUGUAUGUCAGUUAUGCCAGUGAUCAUUAGAUUUAGAAAUUAUAGAUCUUUAUAAUAGAUUAUGGGUCAGAGAACCUCAUUGCCUUCUUUAUGGAGGAUAAAUCUCAGAUGGCUUCCACAAGAAAUAUAAAGUUUAGAACAGGCUCAAAAGAUGGUCUUUUCUGUGUAUGAAGUAUUAUGGGCUUGGUUGCUCAACUGGUUGUGCAUUUUCUCAUGCUCUCAAUUUCUCACACAGUACAUCCAUGAGCAAAUAGUGGAUUUGCAGGUACAUGUUCCUUUAUUGCUAAUAGUCCUCACAUCCACUUCUUCAUGCACAGCUGAGGAACACAUGCAUGGGACAGUGUAAAGGCUUAGAGCAGGAAAAAAAAUGGAGAAAAUGGAGAUCAGUAGAUAUGGUAGAAGCCUUAUAAUUAGGAAAGAGCUGUGAAGCUUUAGAGUAGGUGAACCUUCAUAGCAUUUGUUCAUGCUCAGGUAUUCUGUCACUCAGCUCCUCAUGGAAAUUACUGUUGAAAGACUUCCAGUUAUAUUAGAUGUUACCAUCAAUUCUUGUUGUUUAGUAGCAGAAACAGUCUCAUUCAGAUUUCAGUAGAAAACGCUGUGAAGUUAUCUGUAACCUCAUGCAUGAUCUGUAAGUGUGGGAUAUUACAAUAGAUUUGUUUUCUUCAAAGAUUUACUCAGAAAGGUUGGCAACAUUUGCUAGAUACUGUUCUGAUGUUUUUCCUUGCUUCCAUUUUUUUCUUGUGUGUGUGAGUCUCAUAUACAAACCUCACCAAUGAGAAAAGGCAAUCUCAGGUUAUCUAAGAAACUUUCUUUUCUCAUGUCAUAAUACAAAACUCAAAAAUUCCUUUGCAUAACACCUGGCUAUGGGGUAAUUUCUAUAGUUAAGAUGGAAAACUGAGUUAAAAUUCAAACACUGCAGUAAUUUUCUCAAUUGCAAAGCAGGAAUUUUCUUAAAGACCGCUGUCAUAUCUUGAUUUUACUUCAGGUCAGCUGAUUUUACUUCAUCAUUCCACAGCCUUGGUAUAUGCCCAUAGCAACCUAAAAAUUGGUAUCUCUUGUUUCUGAGGUAAUUUCUCACAGAACAGCCUGUAAUAGGGAUCAUGUUGGAUUAGCAAACAAGGAUCUGCCAUUCCACCACAGUUCUCCUUUACCAGGACCGCAGUUCCUUUAAAUCAAUUCCCAUUGAUUCUCAAGGGCAGAGACUGUCCCACGUGUAAUUUGUUCUGCUUGAGAGGACAGAUAUUUUGUAGUGUCUUCUCCAAGUUCUGCAUUAUUAACAAGCUAAUAUUUAUUCUAACAAAUGAGAAUCACUGUGUUUUCCUGCAGGUGCCAUUCUGUGUAUGAGAUAGUCUCAACAGGGGCAGCCUCUGCUGCUCUUCCCAUGCUUGCUCACCUGCCUCUUUAAUCAAAUGUUAACAACUGUUGUUGCACAUGCUGCAGAGCCAAGCAAAACCCAGUUUGGCUUCUGGAUUUGACCUGUGGCAUUAGCAAAUGGGAGAUUCCUCUCCUUACUGCAAGCUGAGUACAUUGGAAAUGGUGUCCUCUGGAAUGCAAUAAACACAGUUCAUUAUCAUAUUGGUUUUGUAGCAAUUUUCCAGAGUACAGCUAUGCUUUGAAACUUUAUGCAGAAGAAAAGAAAAGAGAAAAGAAAAGAAAAGAAAAGAAAAGAAAAGAAAAGAAAAGAAAAGAAAAGAAAAGAAAAGAAAAGAAAAGAAAAGAAAAGAAAAGAAAAGAAAAGAAAAGAAAAGGACCCCCAACUUUUAAUUGUUCUUUCUCAGCAUUCAUUGUUCUCUUGAAAUUUGCAAUGCACUAGGAGCAUGUCAGUUAAUUCAUAUUGAAUAUUUCAAAUGGAUUCCUACAAAAUAUAUUAAUUAAUCCAGUAAUAAUUUAAAAGAUCAUAUUAUCCAUUCAUUACAGCAAAAUUUAUAUUCAGAUAAGGCUAAUUUGUGUGUUUUUCCACCCUCUAUUUCUUAAUAUACAGAACUCCAAAUCUGUUUUCAGGUUGACUGGUGGAUUUGAUUUGGUUUGGGAAAAUGUGCAAAAGUGUUUCUUGGCUGUUAGUAAAAGAAGGGAGCCUUCCAAAGCAAUUUCACAAGAGGCAAAUGAUCCUAAAAGACAGACUUGAUAACAGCUGUGCUUACAAAAUCGUCUUCAAUAAUCUACAGCUAAGCAAAAAAAAAAAAAAAAAAAAAAAAAAAAAGAAAAACAAAACCAAAGGCAACCAAAAGACAUUCUUAGAACACUAAUGGAGAAACUUUGCCUGAUGCACAUGUCAAUAAGUCAAUCAGUCAUAUUUACACCAAUGCUCUGGACAGAAGCAUUUAUUAUACUGGGACUUGAUUUGAUUACAGGCAGUUUAUAAUCAUAAAGGGCUUCCCUGAAGGUCCACCACAGAAAAUUAAUAACUUUCUUUUGACUUUAGUGGAGUCCAAUAAGCCCCAGGAGAAAGCACACGGGCAUUUUGCUUUUAAAUUUUGCAACGCCAGACUAAGUAAAAUUUAUUUUUAAGGAAUCUCUUCAGUAGCUACUUUACAGUGCACUAGAACUUUACUGUCAAGUGAAAUUUUCAGUCUUUGUGCACUUAAUACUGAUCUGGCUAAGUUAUUGAAAAUGUCUGACGAAGAAAUAUCAGGCUUUAUAUUAUAAAAUAAGAGUCUACUGGAAAUAAUACUAAAGCACUUCUAGGUCUUCCAAUUCUGUUAGUCACUGGAUGAGGCCAAGAUACCUCACCGGAUUCCAGGAUAAAUUAAAAUGUCUGCUUAAAUUUUCAUAUAGUUUUUGAAUAUAUUAAUUAUAUUUUAAUAUUUUCUAUGAAAUAAAAACUGUCACUAGAGCUAUAUAUUUCAAUUUUGGUUUCAAGACAAAUGUUCUGUGAAGUCCAAGCCACUGGACUUCAGGGAAAAACCUGGGAAGUGGAAUUUUAUCCUAAGCUCAGGCAAGAGUCCUGCAUUUCUACUUAGCCUGCUACCCAGCCCUCCAUGGUACUUUCCUGCCAUUCUUCACCACUGAAAUCACUGAAAAUGGAUCUAGCAUUUGUAUCCUGACAAAUUUAAUCUCAUUGUUUGCUGCUGAGUCUUACAGCAAUUGGACAGAGGCAGCUCAAUGGCACAAGGGUAGGGAUGAGGGAGGUGCAGGUAGAUCCUCUUCUCUUCCAGUUUCUCCAAUGGCUAUCAGUGACACAACUGAAUUGGGGAUGGGAAGGGGGGUUGCUUCUUCUCGGGACAAAUGUUGGUUGUGAGUACUGAGACUUGGAAAUAUUAUUUGUAUUUUGAAAGGAAGUGUGGCAAAUAAAAGUUCUGACACAGUAAAGAGGAUGUCUACGUAUGCCAAGUACUCACAAUGCCAACAUGCUGAAACAUCAAGCUGGAUUUACUAGGCUGUAGAGGAUUGUUUUCUGUUGUUUCACAAGCAGAAAAAUAAUUUUUACAUCCAUUUCAAAAGUGUGCCUUUUAGCAUCUUUGUGUUUUAUGAAAUCAGACCUGAAAAAAAAUAUUUCUCCCCUCUUUAAAAUCAGAGCAUCUUUUUCUGCUUAGGUUUAUAUAAAGUUAUCAAACCAUGACUUCUCUGAGAAACUCCCUCUCAUGAUGAAACAAUGUGGGCAACUGAGCAGAAAUUCCUGACAAAAAUUUUGGGGAGAGCUGCAAUAUCAUGCCACAUCAAGAAAUCUCACUGUCCAGUCUUCUAGUUUUCCAUCUAGUUCUAGUAGGAAAAAUUAAAAGGCCACGAUGUGCAGGAUGUCCAAGAGUAAUUGGCCUUUACCAUUUCUGCCACCGUAAUACAUACAUUCAGCACUCUGUGAACAUUAGUGACUCCUCAUUUUGGGUUGCCAGAGAUUAAGUUGGCCAAAAUCACACUUCACUUUUGAAAAUUAUAUUUAUAAUACAGUAAGCUUAGAAGGGUAAAAUUAAAGGGGAAAAAAAAAAAAAGGAGGGAAAAAAGGGUUUCGGGAUUUCCUUGUUUAAUAGAAAAUAAGAAUAAAUGAUGGCAUAUACACAGAGUUCAGAAGUACAAAUCCUACUUUUUCACAGGCCAAUUAAAAAAAAAAAAAGAAAAA